CGGAGUCCCGCAACACAGCCCCUUCCUGCAGCUGCACGUACUGAUUUAGCGCAGCCCUAUUUCCGCAGCAUGGAUUGUUUCUUGCCCCUCGCACUCUGUGCCCUGGUGCACUGUGGGACCGAGGCUCCAACCUCGCAAGAGGUCACCUCCUCACCUCUUCUGUCCCGGGGCUGCAAUGACUACGAUGUGCUGGCCACCGCAGACCUGGCUCUGCAGCACAUCAACAGACACAGGGAGGACGGUUUUGUGCUAAGUCUCUACCGCGUGUACGAUGUCUGGGAGCACAAACAGGCCAGCCAGGGAUCUCUCUUCUACCUCACGAUGGAAGUGUACGAGACCGACUGCCACGUGCUCAGCAGGAAGGCUUGGAGGCACUGCACGAGAGUGCUUGCAGAAUCAGCUUCUGGUCAAUGCAAAGCAAUUUUUUAUCAGAACAAGCCAAAAGAAGUUUCUUAUCUACCUGCUUAUAACUGUACUCUUCUCUCAGGUGCUACCGGCAAGAUCCGUAAGCUGUGCCAUGGAUGUUUAGCCUGCAGAAUCAUUGACUCCUCACAUCCACAAGCUUUGGAAGCAGCCACUAAGGCUCUUGCGAAAUACAACAGCGAAAGCACCUCGAAGCAGUACUCACUUGUCAAAGUCAUCAGGGCAUCCAUAAGGCGGCUGCCUGUUGCUGCUACUUACCGUGUGCACUAUCUAAUCAGAGAGUCGCCGUGUAACAGAUCCCAGUCCAGCAACUGCUCACUCCAGCCCUCUGACUCCCCGCCUGCUGGUCUUUGCUUCGGUGUUCUGUUUCUGUACGAGGGUCUUUCUAGACCUACCAUUGGGGGUUGUGACCUCUUUGAAUCACAGGGUCAGGUGCCCAGAGCUGAGAACCCUUCCAGCUCCCCCACCAAGCCUACCCCACUGGGAUCCAUCCAGUACAUCCUUGACUUGAAUUAUACAAUAGCCAAAGAGUACCAGGAGUUCGAGUACCGCCCGGAGACCAUCCCUGAGAUGCUGUUUCUGACCACCGAUCCACAGGGAAUCACGCUGGAUAUCUCCUUCCUCUUUCCGGGCUCCCAGCAAGAGAAGCUGGUUGUUCUGCCCUUCCCCAGAGAACGGUCCUCUGCUGAGUGCCCCGGACCUGAACAGCUGAACUCAUAUUGGACCAUCUAUAAGUGAGAAUCAGAGACUGUCCCGUGGGUGUCCUAUAAAAGAUGAGGUGUGGUGUGGACGGGACAGAGAGACAGAGGGCGCGG